CUUCAUAUAAAUCAAUACUUUGCAGAACCACUUGUUGCAUGUACUAGUCUGUCUCUACCAACUUUGGAUAUUCAGAGUUAUCCUGCCCACAUUUAUUUGGAAAAUAGCUUAAGAUUGGUUAGACUGGAUGGAGAAAGUCCCUCUUUACACAUUUUCUGAUACUGCCAAUAAUUAUCAUAGUUUAGGUCUCAAAUGACUGCCCUUCAAAAGAAGGGUGAUCACACUGGAUUCUAUUAAGGGGUCACAAAUGUGACAAAAUAUCUAAAUGUUUCAAGUUAUUAUUUUUCAGAAGCAUAUGUAGCAAAUAGUACAGGAAAGGGAUCAUUUCAGCUGCGCUUUUGUUGCAGCUUCUCCAUGAAUGGAAGACAUUUCAUAAAAGAGGUACCUAAAUAUAACUCUGUGUGGCUGCUGCUGUUGAGUCACUGCUGAGAAUAUAUUUUUUCAUCAUAUUGUUAAGAUUGUUUGCUAAGGUUAAUUGUAACUUUUCUUGCCCUGCUACUCUUCACAUAAAACUCUAUAAUAAAGUUAUUUUGGGGGUUCAAAGUCAGAUGGAAAAACCGUAUUGAACGGGUAUCAUGAGACUGAGCCACACAAUGAAUGGCAGUUGGGCUCUCAAAUCCAAAACUUCAUUCAGUAGAAACUCCCCAGUGUUUCUUUUGGGGAAGUGUUAUCAUUUUAAAGCAGAAGAUGAAGACUGUCCCUCUAAAGACUGCCAUGAAGGCUCUGAUGAAGACUUUGUUAUGGGGAACGUUGAGGCUUUCAGAAGGGACUUUGCAUCUCGUGUAUGGCUGACGUACCGGGAAGAUUUCCCUCCACUGCCAGGCAGCACGCUGACCUCGGACUGUGGCUGGGGCUGCAUGCUCAGGGCUGGACAGAUGAUGCUGGCCCAAGCUCUAGUUCUGCACUUGUUAGGCAGAGACUGGACUUGGUCGGAGGCGCUGACACUGCAGCCUUUAGAUGCAGAGACACGCACCACCACAGCUGCAAAGCGUCUCGUCGCCACCCUGGAGGCUUCACUGCAAGGGACUCCAAAGAGUUCUGAGAGCGGACCCACUUUUGUGCCUCAAGCCCAGGCGUCUGGAUCGGCAGAGGAAGCAGAUGCACAUUUAAAGGAGAUGUACCACCGAAACCUGGUGUCCUGGUUUGGGGAGGGCUCCUCAGCUCCGCUGGGGCUGCACAGACUGGUUCACUUAGGAUUGACGAUGGGAAAACAGGCAGGGGACUGGUACGGUCCGGCUGUGGUCGCACACAUCUUUAAGAAAGCUGUCAAGGAAGCAACGGACCCUGGCUUGGCGGGUAUAACUGCCUACGUUUCCCAGGACUGCACAGUGUACAGUUUUGAUGUCAUGGACUGCCACAAAGCGCCAAGAGCAGGAGAAACCUCUGACGCGACACCAGAGAAGCCUCCACCAUCACUGCCCACACUGCCGGAGGACCGGGCCGUCAUCAUCCUCGUCCCUGUGAGGCUGGGUGGAGAAAGGACAAACCCAGAAUAUUUUGACUUUGUAAAGAGCAUACUGAGUCUGGAGUACUGCAUAGGAAUCAUUGGUGGGAAGCCCAAGCAGGCCUGCUACUUUGUUGGAUUUCAAGAUGACAGCUUGAUUUACAUGGACCCUCAUUACUGUCAGUCUUUUGUGAAUGUCAGCACCAGCGAUUUCCCUCUCCAGUCCUUUCAUUGCCCCUCUCCAAAAAAGAUGCCUUUCAGCAAACUGGAUCCCAGCUGCACUAUUGGUUUCUACUCUAAAAGUUCUCAAGAAUAUGAGAGAAUCAAGGUGGAGCUGUCCAAGUUGCUGCAGCCCUCACUGAAGGAGAAAUACCCAGCGUUCACUUUCGUGGAAGGUCGCAGCGCAGAUUACGACCUGUCGGCCGGCCUGAACACGGAGAGGCGGGAAUGGCCUUUCAUUCGGGACACGCGCAGAACCGUCACCACAGCUGGAGACUUUGUGCUGCUUUGAAAGCCCAGUUUGAUGGUUCAACGAAUCUUCUCUCAUAACGAUUCUAAUUGCUUAAAUUCAUGGCAUCAUGCAGUGCAUUCAUGACAGUGUUAGGAUUCAGUAGUUUACUGACUCAGUUUUCACAUCCCAGAAACAUUAAUCCUAAACAAAACCGAUUUGGUCUGGCAAUAAGAACACUGGAUUAUUUGUGGAAAGUUAUUUAACAUUAUGUGUUGAUCUACUGAAUCUAAAUUCAUAAUAUUAAGUAUCUAUUUUGUCGUCAACAUAUUCAUGGGGGCUCAGAAAAUUAACUCUACAGUUCAUUAUUAUUAUAUAAAUAUGUUUUUCUUGUUGUUAUAAAUGAGACCCAAGAUGUUUAUUUUGUUAUUUGUUUUUGAUGAAGGGUACUUUUAAAGAGAUAUUUGUAUAAAUAUCACUAGGUCACAAUCUUUCAAAACCAACAGUUUUACACAGUAGUGCCAGAAAUAAAGGCUACAACAUAUAUUUUUUUAGACUUUCUAUGAUAAGCAUCACUGCUAUAAAUAGUAAAUCAUAAUGUACUAAACUAAAACAGUGGCACAGCUUGACUUGACGUCCUUAAUUUGUUUUAAUUUAACAAACAAAAACACUAAAUUGUAUCCAAUGGCACUAUCUUAUUGGUCAAAGUCUAAUGUGUGUUUGGUUGCAGACUAUUUUUUUUUUAUUCUGAAGAAAAAUGUUCCAAAAGUAAAAAAUUCCAAUGAGAGUGAAUAACCUGUACUCAGAUUACAAUAUGGCCGCCUUAGAUUUAAAGCUCAUACAUUGCACUAGUGAAAAAAAAAACGGUUAACUAAGAUGUGAAUCUCAUUAAUAAUUUUAAACUCAAAGCUUUGUAAAGUAUGAAAAAAAAACUUAUUAGUAUCUGAUAAUGCCAUUACAAAUUAAUAUGAUGGCUAAGAAAAACACCUGAUUUUAACACUGAAAAUUUGAAUAUUUCAGGUUUAUUAAACAUGAUUGUUGGGUUUGGUUUCAUAACUUAAUCCAAUUUUCCAAACGGGCCAGAGCAAUAACUACUUCAAUAACUUUAUUGUUCUCUUCUAGCAAUAAACGCAUAAAAUAGGCUUAAUCAUGAUCAUUUUUCUAAAAUGGCUUAUUUGUGGAACCGACCCAGGCUUUAGAAACCACUGAUCUAGAUCACUGACCAUAUAUUUUGCCUUAGAUGAACUCCUUAAACAUUACGGUUUCACUUGUCUGUAAAAAGAAAAGUUUUCUGUUGCUCAUUUAAAUGUUUAAAACCAUGGCAGCCAUGUUGGAUUUUAAGGUCUGCCUUUAGGAUGUUUUGAAUGUUUUCUACAUCCAACUUAAAGAUAUAGACUUCUCAUUACAAAUUAAAUGCAUUAAUUAACAGCUUCCUGUGACAUAAUAAAAAAUAUUUCAUUCAGUGCCACUGGUUUACAUUCAGUAUGAAUUGUUUUUCAAUUUUUCAGCCAAGAAAAAAAGAUAUUGGACAAAUCCAAGCUGCAUCACUGUUUUAGAAUAUGUUAGCAUGGAGGUAAUUGUUAAAACUUGGUAUUUACUAAAUAAGGAUGAACAAAUAUGUUUGCACCACAGUUUAAGAACAACCUAGAGCAUUUAAAGCUUAGGAGCUACUAAAAGAUCAAGCGUACCUUUUAAGGUUUCCUUGGACAGAAGGUUUCCUUAAAGUAGAUUAUCCUCUGAAACAAAUGAAGAAAAAAGCUGCACUCAUUGAAGGCUGCUCUACACAAUUCAACACAAAGUUAAAUUGAAUUACAUUAGAGCCAUUUCUUUCUUUUUAGCUAUCAUAAAUCAAAGGCUUGUAUCACACCAUACAGCACAAAGCACAAUGUCCUGUGAUCUCUUCCUAAAUGGAAGAUUGUUGGCUUCUAUUUAUGAACAGCAGCAUGAAACAAACACUUGAGUUAGAGUCGGGAAAAUGUAAUAUAGACUGAGACACAUUUAGUGUAUGAAAUUUAUUUUUUCUGUUUUACCUGCAUUUAGAAGCACUGCUGUAUAUAUAUAUUAAUGUUGCAACGGUUCCUUAAAGCAUUUCCACUCAUUUUUUCUUAAUUCAGUCAUUAAAUAAUUGAAGUUCAUUUAUUGUGCAAUAACUACAAAUUAAUCUACAGCUAACAAGAAGUACUCAGUACCUCAGUGUAUCUUUUGUUACGUGAUAAACACUAAAGAAUAUUCUGAGGGUUUUUCUUUUCUUCAUAAAUAAACACUUUUGUUUGAUAAAUUGACUUCAUAAAUCACCAAUAAGUUUGUUAAACACUUUGAGCCAGAGAGCUAAAUAAAGUAUUCUACUUGAAUUAGUUUGCUUUCUUUCUGGUUGUUCUUGUUGGGGAAUUCAAAGCCUCUCUGAAUACAAGUAAAAAGAAAAUGUAAAGUUUGCAUCAUUUUCAGGCAUGCAUGCAAGCCUGGUCGACGUGUUGAAAUACAUUCAAUGCCUUUUCUCUCCCAGUCAAAUGUGGAAGAUUAAAACUAAUCGUACGUGCUAACCAUCUCUACAGCCCAUUAACCAGGAACCGGAAAAAAUGUGACCCGGUGACACUGGCAGCAUUUGUGUUCCUCUGUGGAGGAAAAAAAAAUAUCCUUGUGUGCAAAGCCCUGAUAAUCUGUCUGUUGCCCUGUUGCUGUUUUCCUGUACAAUGCAAAUUCUUGUCUUAUGAGCUUUUCUAUUAAAAGGAGGGAAACGUCCCUUCUAUGGAGGGGGAGAUGGGGCAAGGGUGAGGAUAGAGGGACCAACAGCUAAAGACUUCCUCGUUUGUUCUCACUCCAACACAUAAAGACAUGGUUUAGCUCCGCCGCAUUAUCAUUACUCUUUUUUUCUAUUUUUUGACCUAGCAACAGACUUUGCAGAUGGAGCAGGAACAUUAAAUAUGCAAAACCAAAGCAUCUACAGAGACAUUCCUCUGCUUGGGAGAUUGAAAGAGUUUUGUGGACAGGAGGGGACAUAACACUGGGGAUUUUUGUCCAAAAUAUGAAGGACCGUUUGUUCUCCAGGCUGCGGGGUGAACUGAGCAUUGACUUUGUUCGCCGUGUAUUUACAGAGAUUUAUGAAUAUUUGAUUAAUGAGUCACAGGAGCAAGAGUAAUGCAAUAAACAAGUGGUGGUUGAAUAAAACAAGUCAACUGCAAGUAUGUACUCUAAUACGGUUCAAAUUCCUAAGAGUCUAGUUUGGAGUGAGUCGAAUUGCUGACAGAGGUCCACAUGAGCCUUUGUCUGUUUCCAAGAUGAAUCUGUGAAUAGGAAGAUAAAUGUUCUAGUU